AUGUUGUAUUUUACUUAUGUACAACUUAUAAUUCUUUGCACCAUCGCAACCCUGAAACCUUCUAUUGCGCUCAAUCUCUCUAUCGUCCCCUUUAACGAAGCUUUCGCCCCAAUCUAUGGUAACCAAAGCGUCGUGCAUUCCGAUGAUGGUAAACUUAUUCAAAUCUCCAUGGACCAGCGGACACCUUAUGGGUCAGGUUUUACUUCACAAUACGCAUACAAUCAUGGCGUGUUCACUGCCCUUAUCAAGCUACCAAACAACACCUACUCAGCUGGUGUUGUUGCUAGUUUCUACCUUCAAAACAAAGAAUUGAUGCGAGACGAGAUAGAUUUUGAGUUUCUUGGACAUAUUGACGGCGAAAAAUGGGUGCUUCAAACCAAUGUUUAUGGCAAUGGAAGCAACCAGCAUAGAGGGAGAGAAGAAAGAUACACAUUACCAUUUGACCCUUCUCAAGAUUUUCACAACUAUACUAUUCUUUGGAAUACGGGCCGGAUCAUUUUUUAUGUGGAUGAAUGGCCCAUUAGGGAAGUGGAGAAUGUUAAUGGUAUGGGUGGUGAUUUUCCAUCCAAACCUAUGCAUUUGUAUGGCACCAUUUGGGAUGGGUCAGACUGGGCUACAUACAAAGGCAAGUAUAGGGUAGAUAUCCAGCGAGGCCCGUUUGUCACGGGUUAUUCUUUUGUCAUAAAUGGGUGUCGUGUUGACAAGUCCGUGUCAGUACCUGAUGAGUGUGAUGUUGCAAUUCCUAUUGGUCUAAUGACGUCAGAUGAAAGACUAAGAAUGAAAUGGUUUAGAGGUUGGUGUAUGACAUAUUCAUAUUGCAAUGACAAGGAUCGGUCCCGGGAUUCUUUUCCCGAGUGUGGGGUUGAAGAUCCGGGAAUACAGCUUGCCCCGGCCCCGCAACCGGUCUCAUCCGGGGCAAGCAGUAGGUUCAUAUAG